GCCAUUGUCUUGGAUUUUAGUUGGCUUGCUCCUCUGUUCAGAACAACCUUUUUUACUGACUGGUCAAAGAAUAAUUAUUUCAAUUUUCUUUAUCUUGUUUAUCAUUAGGUGUUUUGUCGAUCUCUUUUUCCUUACUAAACACAGUAUUUUAAUUUAAUCAAUUAGAAAUUAUCAUAAGAGAGACGUAUUUGACUUAUUAAAUUGACUUUGCUUUUAACCGUGGUGACUUGACUUAGGCGAACGGAGUGGUUGCACUAUUGAAGGAGAAGAAAAAGAACAGAAGCUAAAUAUUCAUAGCAAGACUAUAAUUAUGAAUUCAGGAAAUUUGAAAGAGUUUUCCUCUUCGCUUGAGGAUAUCAAUUCCGAAUCGGAUUGGGAUACGGACGACGAGAUGGACAAGAUAGUGGAGGCAGUGUUAUCCAGUUCUUCUACAAAUUCGGUAAAUCCUUUUAAUCCGAAAACAGAUUCUGUCCAGGAGCCGGAAGCGAAAAAUUUGGCGAACAGUAAAAACCGAGAUGGAGUAACGGACGACCUCAAUGAGACGACUGAGCUCAGAAAUAUGACGAUUGGACUCAGAAAUGGGACGCCCAAGCAAAGUACCAAGGGUGAGGUAUCAACUGUAGCAAUUCAGGUAACCAGCGGUACGAGGGACGAGAACGUUGAUAAAGGUCGAACGGUUAUGCAAAGCGCGUGUAGAAAAAUCGAAAGCGUGGACCUGGUCGAUGGGUCUGUUGGAUCUUGCUCGAAGAACGUGCGAUCAAAAGUGGCGUUUGCUAAUUACUCGAGCAUAUACCAGGAAGGAGCCUUUCUAUAUCCACCUUUAUCUUCACCCAAGAUGUAUCGUGGGUUGGAAAUGGAAACAAUGAUCACAACAAUUAAAAACAGAAAUUGGAAACUUUCGUCACGUCGAUAUACGAGACUGCUCAGUUUUGUUGAUGCUUGUUUAUUCGGGAAGGUGGAAAUAGUGGUUUAUAUGAUUUAUAAAGAAUACAUAAACGUAAAUGACGAACUUAUAUGUUGUUUAAAUGGACUGCAACAUGCGUGCUAUGCUGGACAGUACGAAGUUGUCAAAAUUCUGCUUGAAUUGGGAGCUAAGCCCAAUUACAAGCGCAAACUCGAUCGAUUUACAGCUGUUAUGGCCGGAUGUUGUUAUUCCGGAAAUGAGACAGAAAAUCUGGUUAGAUGCGUUAAAGCUAUUGUCGCUGCUGGUGGGAAAAUAGAUGUUGUCCAGGCUAGUGGUAUGACCGCUUUGCUAUAUGCCGUUCAACGGUCGCACAUCAAAAUAGUUGAAUAUCUGUUGGAUAAAGGAGCGGAUAUUGAACAUAAGAAUAGCGAAGGACACGGUGCUAUUUUUUUUGCAAAAGAGAAUAAGGACAGUCAGAUGCUUGCCUUACUUGGUAGACAUCAGUGGACUCAACCUACUGACUGAAUUUACUAUUGGAUUUUGGAUUGACGAAAAUUGACAGAAAACAAAGCAAUCGAUAACCUAAGCUAACAUAUUUUCUUUAAAAGCAUGUCUCUGUUUUUGUACCUUCAUGGCUAGAUCUCGUAAUUUGUAGUUCCUCGUAGCGCCAAGACCUUUUUUCCUUACUGCUUGUUAGUCGUUAUAGUUUGAAAUUGUAAUUAAUUAAUUUACGAUCGAUUUAUUGGUUAGUUAUUAAAUUUACUCCAAUCUGCACAUUAUUACCGUUUGGAAUAUUAUGUUGUAUUUGCCAAUAAUGCCGACGAUAAAUUAAAUACAGAGAAAUUGCUUAUCCUUUUGUACCAACUAAUGAUUAUCUUUUUUUCUUAAUGACUAAUAAAGUCAAGUGACGAUUAAAUCUCAA